AGUAAUACAGUUACGCCGCGUACUCAGUAGAGACUGCACGUCUCGUCGCGUUUUGAAAUUUUAAAAUGUAAACAAUAACAUUGUUUAUGUAUUGAGUGAAACAAGUCGUUAUUGCAGACAUAAUGAUGGAAAUAACUACAGUUAUGUUUGUGAGAGUGUCUGGUUUGUUUGUGUUACUGUGUGUGAAUUUGGAUCAUGUUUUCUGCAACACUUUUGUAAAUGAAUUGUCUAAUAAAGCUGUGACUAAAGUUGAACACCGACACGUGCACUGCAACCACAGACACCCGAAAGCUGAUGAAGUAGUCAGAGGGGUGCACAUAGAGGCGGCACAUCUCGUGAAGAAACGGAGUAUAGACCAGCCGCUCCGAAUUAGUAUAUUCUAUGACCAUUCCGUCUAUAGAUUAGAACCAGAGAAAUUCGACAUGAUCAAUAACACGAUCCUCCCUAAGGCGGUCAAGUUUUGGGAAGAGGCGCUCAAGGUCCGGAAAACAGGGGGUCCUAUUAAACUUAACAGAAAGUGCCCAUCCCGGCAAGUGUUCGUGCGGGGCGGUCGCUCGCACUGCAUCGACUCCUGCAGUGCUGAGACUAUGUGUGGGGAGGUGCGGGUGCCGGAGAACCAUUUAAACCCAUGCUACGUGUGCAACAGCACCGGCCAGAACUGCCGAGCGUUGCCGCGACGAAGAAUCAUCAUCGAGGAUGACCCCACCGAAAUCCCGGGCAACGCGCUCACUGAAGGCACCGAAGUCACCGAUAUGCCAGAUAUAGAAGAAGAGGAGCCUAUAGGCGUUGAAGACACGGAUUUCGUGUUGUACGUGAGCGCGGUCGAAACGGAGAGGUGCCGCCGCGGGCUGACCGUGGCGUAUGCUUCGCAUUGCCAGCAGGAAAGCGCGCUAGACAGACCAGUGGCCGGGCACGCCAACUUCUGUCCCGGCGAGCUGUCCACCAAGUACCGCGAUCUGCCGAGCCUCUUGUCCACCGUGCAACACGAAAUGUUACACGCGCUGGGCUUUAGCGUGUCUCUGUUCGCUUUCUACAGAGACGACAACGGCGAACCGCUCAUGGAGAGACGACCGGACACGGGAAAUCCGCCCCUCGAUGAAGAACUUCAGAUCCACAAGUGGUCGGACCGCGUUGUGCGGAACGUCACCAGGAAGAAGUGGAUGAUCCGCGGCGGCUACAUCGAGCGCACCUUCCAUAUGAUCGUCACGCCGAGAGUCGUCAAAGAGGUCCGAGAGCACUUCAACUGCUCGACUUUGGAGGGGGCAGAGCUGGAGGACCAAGGGGGGGACGGCACUGCGCUCACGCACUGGGAGAAACGACUCUUCGAGAACGAAGCGAUGACCGGCACCCACACGCAGAACUCUGUCUUCAGCCGCAUCACCCUCGCCUUAAUGGAGGACACGGGCUGGUACCGUGCGGACUACAGUGUGGCCGCGCCUUUAGACUGGGGCCGCGGCCUCGGCUGCCAGUUCGCUACGACGUCGUGCAAGCAGUGGCUGAACACACAAAGGUUGAGGCGUAAGAACCCAGCGCCAUUUUGUGAACGCAUCAAGGGGGACCCGCUAAGGACAGAAUGCUCGCCGCGGCGCUCGGCAGUCGUGCUCUGUAACCUAGUUCGACAUGAGAACAUAUUACCUAGAGCUUACCAGCACUUCGACACGCUCCCAAACGUGGCGCCAGGCGAAGAGGCGCACUACGGAGGCUCCGUGUCCCUCGCGGACUACUGCCCUUAUCUACAAGAGUUCACGUGGAGACACAAGAGCGUCCUCAUACGAGGCAGCCGCUGCGAGUAUGAAGAAAACACACCCAAGACUGACGUGAACUUCGCUCUGGAGAACUACGGAGCUCACUCCAAGUGCUUCGACCAUAGCGAUCGAGUGUGGGAGCAGAAGUCUUGCCGGCAGAUACGAGAAUGGCAGCACUGGGGCUCCGGGUGCUACAAGUAUAAGUGCGAAAGCGGCCGCCUGCAUAUUGUGGUGGGCAACUACUCCUACACCUGUUUCCACGCGGGCCAGGUGCUGCAGAUCCGGAUAAUAAAGAGGGGCUGGCUCCACAGAGGCGGCGUGGUCUGCCCGCCCUGUAGGGAGGUAUGCGGCGAUGAGUUCAAGAGCCGCGGUGAAUACUGCAAAGGAGGCGAAGAGGCGAUGCCGCCCAACCUGUAUCCCAGUGACGUAUUACGAUGCUCGGCGCCAUCUUUGUUACCGGCCGCCAUAUUGAUUGCGGCGGCCAUCUUGUGCCGCGUCUUUUAAUCGCUUAAAUUACCAUUUUUGGCCAAUUGUAUGAACUGUAGAGGGCAGUACAAGAGCCCCCUGUUUAUUAGCGCGCAAUGGGGUUGGCCGGUGGAAGUUUUUAGCAGAUGGCACCAUCAUAGCUUGCCCUGUCAAUCCCUAGAAUUGUGUGAAUUUUUUUUUUAUACGCUGGAUGCCAGCCCUUUAAGCCAAAUCUCAUAGAAAAAGGGGCAAGCUAUGAUGGCGCCAUCUAUGCAAACCUUUGACAGUUGCCAACCCCAUUUCAAUGUCAAGCUUAAGUUUUCAACUUGCGCCACUAGAUGGCAGAACCUGAAACGCACUAGCGUGUGAACUGUUGGCAGUGGCGGAUUUGCCCUAAGGCCCUGUAGGCUCGGGUCUAGAGCGGCAGCAAGGCGGCAGCUAUAUGAUGGGUGCUGAAAAAGGGGCGGCUAGUAGUUACUACAGACAAAGAGAAUAGAGUGUAUAGAGGCGGAUUGUCAAAGUAAAUUAUGUAGCCACUGUAAAUUUACUGCCAUCUUUUGACAUAAGAUUAAAACUGUUAGAACGCCAUUUGACUUGGAUCCUUAUACUUUCACUGAUAUGUGUUAACUUGUUAAAAAUUAACGUCAUCUACUCGACAAGAGGCCAAAGGUAUGGUGCAAUCUUUUCGAGCGAUGGCGCCAUAAAUUUCAGCCUACUCGAGUAGAAGGCGUUAAUAUUAAUAUUUAAUAAGUUAACACAUAUCAGUGAAAGAAUGACCAAAAUCAAAUGGCUUUCUAACAGUUUUAAUCUUCUGUCGAAAGAUGGCAGUAAAUGUACUGUGGGUACAUAAUUUUUACCAUGACAGUAACUCUCUAUUUCAAAUUCUCUUUGCUACAGGGCCUGGGGCUUAGCCACUGUAGGGGGCAGCACCUGCUUUAAUGUGAAUUAUCAAUGUCAAAUUUAUGGAUCAAUGCACACGGUCACUUUAAAACGAAACAGGAGCUGAGUUUUAAAUAUUUUAGGUAAAUAUACCCGUCUCGCUGACGAAAACUAGUGCGAUAAGGACAAGGCGAAAAAUCCUGCGUAAAAAUCUCAAAAAUCGAGGUUUCGUACUCGGUUGUUUCCUCCUCCAAAACUUAACCAAUCCUAACCAAACUUGGAAAUCUAAAUGAUUAUGAAAUUAUCUGUGUCGGACCGUUUUGCUGUUUUGGCUAAUUGAUAUCAGUUUUGAAUACUACGCCUCUCAUUGCGGCAUAGUCAACGAGGCCAUUUUGGCCAUUUUUGAAGGGCUCUAGCGCCUUAAAAAACAAAAAAAUCAAAAAAAGCAAAACGGUCCUACACAAUAUUAAUCUGUGUUGAAAAAAUAAUUGCUCUAGCAUCAAAACCCACGGAGGAAACAGUCGAGUACGUUUGUAUGGAGAAAUGACCACUCCUGUUGGCUCUUAAGUCUUUCACGUAUCUUCAUGUGUGUUAAAAAAAGUCAGAUGCUUUGUUAUAAUUAUAAUAUUUUUCAAACUAUUUUUAAAACCUAUCGAAUGUGAAAAUGAAAACUUCUUAUCCUAUGUCGGUUAGACAGGUCAUUUUGUUACCUAUGUUUGGUAACUAAAGCAAAACCAACUGCUUAAAAUGAACGAAAAUGUGACGUUAUAUAUGAAAAGGGACCUUAAAUAUUGUCAAUGGCGCUUACGCCAUUAUUAAUUAUGCGCCGAUAUAAAUACAAUGCCGUUCGACGCUGUGCGGCGUAAGCGCCAUAGACAAUAAGGUCCCUUUUCACAGAUAAUGCCCCAAAUAAAGAUAGUAUUUAAGUAGGUAUGUACAGACCAAAUGAAUUAUUGUAUAAAUCGCACCACAGACAAGUAAACUAAUAAGAAUUGUGAAAUCAUACAAGAAAUCGUAGUUAAAUAUAUAAUUGAGUCACUUAGGGUAUCAUUCCAUUUCUGAUCGCAGCUGCACUACUACUAUAGUUCGUUUUUUUAUCAUUAGAAAUAAGGUAAACAAUCUUGAUGUGUCUUUUAAUAGAAAAACUCAUUUUAAAAAUAAGUUACGGCAAAUAUGUAACAAUUAUGAAUGUAAUACGAUCAUUUAUAUUCUUCUGCUUUGAUAAGUAAUAGUUACAAAUUUUUAAAAAGCGUUUUUCAGUUAAAAGACAUGUCAAGAUGGCUUACCUUCUUGCAAGUUCUUUAUAAUGCUAAAAAAAAACGAAUUAUACGAACGCGUCGGUGUUAUUGUCAAUUUCCAUAGUAAAAUGAAUGGUCGUGCUGCUGUCGUUGGAAAUGGACUGUGCACCUUUAACUUCAAAUUAGAUUAUGCGAUUUGGUGUUAAGAACAGGUUAAAUUUGUGUAGUAUAAAGUACUUUCACUAAUUAAUAUUCUGUAUUGCAGAGAAGAGUUAAACAAUAAUUCUAAAAUCUAAAUUUUUAACCCCUGACAAAAUGAUUGCAGCGGCAUCUAGUGAAUUCAAACCUACUAAUCGUGCAUGGUACGUCAUUGUGAACCAUAUCGGAAUACACGAAGGUAGGUAGGUAGGUAGGUAGGAAGGUAGGUAGGUAGGAAGGUAGGUAGGUAGGUAGGUAGGAAGGUAGGUGUAUAGGUAGGUAGGAAGGAAGGUAGGUAUUGGGCUGUAGCGGCGCGCGUCAGUUGACGUCUUUGACGAUGUUGUUUGACAAUUCGUGUUAGCGCCAUCUAGCCACGAGCACUUGUUAGUUUAGCUGUCUGUGGUCAAAUAGAUAUUAAGUGUAAAAUACCGUAUUUUAAUUUUUGUAUUAUUAUUCUAUACAUUGCAAAAGUUACCUAUUUUAUUUUGCAAUUAUAUUAUAUGUACUAAUUAUUUUUACAAAUAUGUUUAUCUCGCAUUCGCUCAUUCGUAAAUAAUGUAAAGGUAAAAUAAUGUCUUUAUUUAUUUAAAGAGUUAUUCAUUCUAUAGUUCGUUUUUUUAAGCAUUAGAAAUAAGGUAAACAAUCUUGACGUAUCUUUUAAUUGAAAAACGCUUUAAAAAUAAGUCACGGCAAAUAUGUGACAAUUAUGAAUCUAAUACGAUCAUUUAUAUUCUUCUGCUUUCAUAAGUAUUAGUUAUUGAUUUUUAAAAAGCGUUUUUCAAUUAAAAUACAUGUCAAGAUCGCUUAACUUCAUUCUAAUGCUAAAAAGACGAACUAUUAGAGAGGUAUUAGAUUUUUAUUGUUUUGAAAAACUCCCUCGAUUUGAAAAGUCUGCCGGUAGAUGACGCGCUUGUUAAAAGUUGAACUCUGGCAAUUUGUUAACACAACACAUGAUGCCAUAUAGCGCCACAUACUUCAGCUGUCAAACCUCUUAAAUAAAAUCUGGAAGAAUGCGCCUAACAUACUUAAUAUGGUUGUGACUAAAGGUCAAAAAUUCGACAAAAAAUAUUUAGAAAAACGUUUAUCAAAAAUGGUUAUCUCAAAAUAUUUGUAGAAUUUUACAGCUCAUAUGAUAUGAAAGGCUAGUUUUCGUGUCGAUUUAAUACGAUAAAAACUCCCUUCGGCCGUAUUAUUCGCCACUCGUUGCGAAUUUCCUAUUUUUCGCACUUGUAUCCUAAAUAACUAUUAAAGUGCAACUGUAAUUGGGUAGCUUUCAUAAUCAAUUUGCUCAAGAAUAUUGUUUUUCUUAAAACAAGACUAAGUAUGUGUAUUAUUUGUUUUAUUGUGAUUUAAAUGUUCUAUUGUUUUUAAUUGCGUCCAGUCCCUUUUGUGUUAAAUGUACGUAUUUUAGUUAUAAAACACUUUAGCGAUAGAAAACUCUUAAAAUAAGUUCUCCGGAAAAGGAACUGAGAGGUCCUUUUUUCGGAGAACGGUACAUUUAAGCCGACACAUACACUUGAUCAAAAUUAUUGUUUUUCUUUUUGGGAAGUUCCGAAAAGUCGGGUGUUGUCUUUAAAUUGGCAUUUUCGGAUGAAAUUUAACAAAAAAGUGUACCUAACUAAAAAAAGUGAUGGAAAAUGACCACUUUAGAAACCUAGUAAUAUUCUUUUGCGAAAAUGCCCAAAGCCAAAAUAUCGUCAAUAAUUUAAAAAAAAAUUGUACCUACGUUGAACAAGUGUCAGGGCCAUUUUUUUAAAUACUGACAAUGCUUAAGAUUUGUCUUGAAUGCCAUACUUUAAUUUAUUUUUAAUUAGUGCAAUCAAUAUAACUAUUUUGUAAAUAUAAAAAUACUUCUAUUUUUUAAUGGUGCUUCGUUUGCUUUAAUCGUGUAUGUUAUUCCUAUCAUAAGUUAUUUUAUACGUAAGUAUGGUCGAAUAUAUUUCAAUGUGUUUUUCUACGUAAAGUUGUUGAGCGUUUCUUAAAAAUAUAGAAAAAUCUUGUGUAAACUAUACAUGGUCAAGCAAAUUUUGUCAGUAGAAAAAGGCGGCGACCCAUAGAAAAUUUGAAUUUCGCGCCUCUUUCUACUGACAAGAUUUGCUUGACCAAGUACAGUCCCCAUAUGUGAAGACCAACCACACUUAACCGUAUGCCGACUGUAUUUAAAAAAUAAAAACAACUAGAUAUUGUAAUACAUUUUUAGGGAACGCUUAAUUUUUUUUUUUCAUAUUAGUCAAAGAAAAAUUACAAUUUAUUGAGUUUUAUUAUUAAGGAUAAUUCCAUAUUACGUCUCUACUUUGAAAAAAUCUCGCUACUCUGCUUUUCAAAGUUGAAGCGCGGUUAUUCUGUAUGCGUCCCAUACACUCCAUACGGAGAUGUAGUGCAUAAUUGAAGGGAUGUUUACAAAAACAACAUAACUGCUAGCGUUUGACACUUUUUUAAGAACAUUGUUAAUCGUUUCAGGUGUCAACCAGUGUAGUCAGUUAUGUUGUUUUUGUAAGCAUCCCUUCAAUUAUUAUAUUAUCCAUCGUUUUUAGGGUUCCGUACCCAAAGGGUAAAACGGGACCCUAUUACUAAGACUUCGCUGUCCGUCCGUCCGUCCGUCUGUCACCAGGCUGUAUCUCAGGAACCGUGAUAGCUAGACAGUUGAAAUUUUCACAGAUGAUGUAUUUCUGUUGCCGCUAUAACAACAAAUACUAAAAACAGAAUGAAAUAAAAAUUUAAAUGGGGCUCCCAUACAACAAACAUGAUUUUUGACCGAAGUUAAGCAACGUCGGGCGGGGUCAGAACUUGGAUGGGUGACCGUUUUUUUUUGGCCUUUUUUUACAUUAUGGUACGGAACCCUUCGUGCGCGAGUCCGACUCGCACUUGCCCGGUUUUUUUAACAGAACGUGCCUUGCUAUUUUUGUCAAUCUUGGUUCAAAUAUAGAGGUUUACUGAACUAGCAUGACAAAUACGAACGUUUCUGAGGAAAUAUGAUGAAAAACAAUUAUGCACUAAAUCUGUACAUAGAUACAUUUGUGACGUUCCACGGCAAAAGGUACCUUAUGGCGGCUGGCGCUUACGUCGCAUAGCGCCGCAAUAAUAUUGGAGCGGCGUUAAUAAUAGCGUAAGCGCCAAUUUAUUUUCAAAGUAUCGUCACGAUUUAUAUUCUUUAUAUAUGGAUUAAAUAUUAACAGAUAUCGUUAUUAUGUAAGAAAUCGUGGAAAUUUGUAUUUGUGUAAAGAGAUGUAAAACAGAUGAAACUGUACUGAUAUUUAAUAAAAAAAUAUUUUGAAUAAAACUA